UUAUCGGAUAUUCUACGCUCACCAAGAAAGUCCUAAAACCGAGAUUGUUUGAAGAAGCUUCUUCAUCGUGGCCUUCAAUUUCAAAUUGGAAGCCUCUAGAAGAAGUCUGGGGUCACAAUGACAGACUUGGCGCCGAAAGUACUAUUGUUCAUCGCAUUCCUUUACGUUUACAUAGGUGGAAUAAGAGGAAGGCCAAACAUUUUGGAAGAUACGGCAAGAGGGGAAAAUCAAAAAACAUUUGAAGAAAGUGAUCUUUUAAAAAGAUCUAAGGCCAAAAGUGGCGGACAAGGCAAAGACCACAAGGAAAUCAAGGGAAAGAAAAAGCAAGUCAUAGAUGCUUACCACCUUGGUCCCUACCAUCACGGACACCCUUGGGGUACGGUCUCACAGUGGCCGGGAUUUCAUUGGGGAGGACAUCCAUCACGCCAUGCAGGAUGGACUGGGUAUCCGUCCCUCGGAGGAUGGCACAAGUCUCACAUUUCCAAAAAGAGUCCUAAAAAGGCAGCACAAAAAGCAUCUUUAAAGCGUCGCAUGCUACCAACAUUUGCCUUUCCAGCUUAUGGAUACGCUUACCCGUCUUUAGGGUUUGCUGCGGUGCCAUUUACGCCUUCACCUAUUCCCUGGGGCCACGCACAUUAUCGUACCAAAGUCCCCGAGAAAUCUUCAAUAGGGCAUACCAGAUCCUCCGUGAAACACACUGAAGCUAACAAGAGAUGGUGGCCGGGAUAUAUGGGGGGAUGGGGUGGAUGGGGAUUAGGAAAUGAAGGAUAUCCGGGCUGGGGCGCUUUAGGCGACUGGGGACGUGGUUAUGAUUUUGGAGGUUUCGGUCAUGGAUGGGGCAUGCUAGGUACUGGCCUUAGUUAUCAUCCUUUCCUGAGAGCUGAGAUCCCCCGAAAGCAAAGCAAGAAAGAUAAAGCGGAAAAACGUUGGUGGCCCGGCUACAUGGGUGGUUGGGGAGGUUGGGGACUCGGCAACAGUGGUUACCCUGGAUGGGGACCAUUAGGCGGUUUCUGGGGUCACGGAUGGGGUCCGUAUGCUUAUAAUCAUGGGUAUGGUUUAGGAAUUGGACGUGGUCAUGCUUUUCGCUCGGAUCUUCCUAGUAGAGACGAUAAAGAAGAACAGAGCCCAAAGCGACAACUCAUACAUGAACCAUUUGCAGGUACUGACUUUCCUUGGUCGGGUUAUGGACCGUUUGCGGACUACCAAUAUCCCUAUUUCGGUCAUAGUCAGUACAUUCCUUAUCCUUUUUCACUAUAUGGGGAUUCAAUACCAUUUUACGGGUUUGGCCCAUCUCCGGUCUUAGGAUAUGGCUUCCCUGGAGACCAUGGGUUUUUUAAGUCAAAGAUUCCAGAAGGAAAAUCUAAAAAAAUGCAAAAAGAACUAAAAAAGGAAGAGAAAGCUACUGGUAGACACUUUGUAAAUAAUUUUCACCCAGGUCGAAUGGGAUGGGGAGGAGCACUAUACUCCGGUAAUGGUUACCACGCCGCCUUUCCCUUGUUAGGUGCUCAUACGUAUGGCAUGUAUGGUGCAGGGUUUUACGGACCAUAUGGUCCUCCUUAUGGGGCGUUUGGUCCUUACUCUAGAUCAGGCAUUCCUGGCAGUUCGAAGGAAAAUCCUCAGAGUAGGCAAGUGAUAAACUAUAAUCCAGGAUGCUGUGGAUGGGGUGGAUGUGUCUACCCCGGUUGUGGUUAUAUUGGUGGAUGGACCUGGCCUCUUCCAUGCCAUUUCCGUCACUGUGGCUGUGGCUGCCCAUGCUGGACGCGAUCCAAAGCUCCCAGGAAGCAAUCACUGAAAGAAGAAAAAGGGAAGUCUAGACAGGACAUAGAAAGCCCAGUAGAAGAGGAAAGCGAAAAUGGUAAAGAAGAUCCGCGAACACGUCCACAUCUGGAAGGCGCCGACCUACUAAACUCAGAAAUGCAGAGCCUGGCUAUGGGAUUUCCAGGAAUUGAGAAACUUCAAACACCUAUGGGAUCAUCAAGUAACCCAGGAGUCCAAGGUUUUAACGAUCAGGAAAUAGAUGCGAAUGGAGAACACUCGUCCCCUGAACCAGCGGAGGCAAGUGAAAGUAUGGCUGGUAUGAAUCCUUUCGAAGGGGCAAAUGCCCUCAAAGCAGCUGCGAUGGGCAGCAUGGGGGAGCAACAGGAUGGCCAACAGCAGACAGCCGAAGAUUUAAUGUCCACAUUCAGCACGAGUCCAUCAAAUGAGGGCGAAGCACCCGUUGAAGCCUUUGGUGAAACAGGAAAUCCAAACAUGUAUCCUACCGAAGCGGAGGAGCAAGCCACGGAAGCAGCCUCUCGAAGAGCUGAUAUUCCCGGUGAGAUGGAGAAAGAACUAAUCAAGAAGCAGGCUGUGGCAUAUCCAUACCACUACCUCUACCCUGGAUUUACGAUGGCUCACGGAGUCAAUCCAUACUACCAUUACACCCCACUUAAUUAUCCCCAACACGUGAUGGCUUACCCUUCCACAUAUCCAUUGGCUAAUACUUACGCGCCACUUUAUCCUGCGGCCCAUGCUGGUCUUAUCCCACAAGCGCAAGAAUUGCCAUUGCAUGAUCGUCCCUCUCAUUCAAUCCACGUUGGAGCCCCUAAUGUCAACGUCGAUGUCCACACAACACGUGAACAUGUUGCUCCCAGUCCCGAGAAAGCGAAAAGUGGCAAGCUGAAACAAUUGUUUGUAGAGUUCUCGACGAAGUUAAAACCUAAGAGCAGACAUCACCAAUCAUCCCAUGGAAAGAAAGUUAUGAAAAGGCAGAUAUCGCCGUUAUUGUCUCCAAUCAUGAGCCGACCGAUGGGAUUGUCACCUCUUAGAUACCCAGUAUCCAAUCCGCAGCCGGGCCUCACGGGAGCAAGGAUGUUUCCGUCUUUACAACCAGCACAACCAUUCGACAUCAGGGCCAUGAGUCGCUCCGGCCUACCUGCAAUGUCGUCACCAGCCAUGGGUAUGUCUCCAUUGGGUUUUUCAGCCUCUAGAGCUCCUCAGAUGCGCUCUGCUUUGACGCCGUCUCAAAUGGCCUUUUCUCGACAACUGUCAAGUGUUACUGGCAUCAGCAUUCCAAUUGCUGCACAGCCUGGAAUGGGAAUAGUAGGGAUGGCUUCAAGGAAGAAACGAUCACCGUCAAAGAAACCUUCGAAGAAGAAAGAUAAAACCACAAAAAGACAAUUUUUGGCGGCUAUGCCUCAAACACUCUCCUCUGGAGGUUUGCCAUGGUUGAGUUCACCAGAAUCACCGUUUUCAGGUGCUGCUUUUCCAUCAUUGCCUUUUGCACAGCCUCAACAACCGUUGAGUUUUAAGCAACCCAUGAUGCCAGCCAUUCGCUCCAGGAUGGCUCCUACUGGUCUAACAGCAUUGAGAAUGGCAGGCUUGCAGGCGAAUCGUAUGCCAAUGAUGUUAUCACCCUUCAGCGGCUUCCCAUCUCCCCAAAAUAACCCUUUCCUCAAGGUACCUCAAUUUCAGAGCGCUAAUUUUUUCAGUGGUUCACCAAAUGGUCCUUGGGCUCCAAGUGCUCCAAUGAGAGAACCCAUGUCAGAAAUGCCAAAUGCUCCAAUGAGAGAACCUAUAUCCGAAACGCCAGGCUUUUCACAGUUUGCAGAGCGAAGGCCAGAGCCCAUGAUACCAGAAACGCAGCAAAUGAACGGAGAGCAAUUUGCAGGUUUUAAUCCAUCUAGCUUCGGUCUCAGUGAGCCACAACCACCGGCCAUGUUUUCCCAAGAGGGACCCGGAUCAGAAGGGCCCCAACUUCCUAUGGUGCCUCAGAAAGAGAUGGCAUCAUUUUUCCAAGUCCCUGGAGAAGGAGCAAUGACGGAAUCGCCUACUUUCAACAUGCAACCUGGUCUUGCUGCUUUGAAGAAAUCUUCUGUUCCAGACAAAAAGAAUAUCAAAGGAAAAUCUUCCAAAUCUCGGAAACAAAUUACUUUAUAAACAGAUAAAUCAAAGAGGUCACAUAAUUUCACGGAAGCUCAUUGUUGCUGCUGUGGGUAGUAAAGAUCAGAGAGAUGGAGAUCCCGUGAUAACUUUUUGUGGAUAAGACUGAAACUUGAUUUUCGUUUAUCUAAUUAUUCGGCAGUUCUUAGUUACGCAGUGGCAGAGGUUUUCAACAUGCAAGGAACCCUGAAAUGGUGAUCUAUAUCUACGGUUGCGAUUAUCGCCGCCAACUGCCUUCCCUCCAAAGUCUAAAUACACAGACGAAAUUAUAACCUUCUUCGCGAGACAGUGAACAUUUUUAGGUUCUGAUUUUCUAUUGAAAGAUUAGAACAUAUUAACAGGUCAAAAAAAAUUUUAGUUUUAUGUUUAGGUAGUUGAAUAGUGCCGAUGGUAGAUCAUAAAAUUAUCUUAAUGUUUUCCUGGGCAAUUUUGAAGAAAACACAAAAUAAACUAAAAGCUAUGAUUUUCUGACUGCUCUAUAAUAAGCUUCAACAAAUUUUUGUGUGGAAAAGCACCCUUCCUCGAUCAAAACUCUGCGUAAACUGUCCUAUUGCACCAUCUAAUUUACAAGCAUGACCCGGAUGCUGUCCCAUAAAAUCGGGCUGGUGAUAGCCAAUCACAGUUUAGGAUUUUGUCACAAUCCUACUCGCUUGUAAAAGAUGGAAAGAAAGUGGACAAUUACCACAUAGCAGCAGAUGGUUUACCAUGAUUAUUUAUGCCAGUUUAUGUGGAAUUAUGGGCCUUAAUUUCACGUAACAAAUGCUUGUGUGGGAUUAUUUGCUAAUGGCGUGUUGCAUUCAAACAUAAUGUGCGCGAAUGUUUCGUUAGGAAUAUCUUAGGGUGUUCUUCCAACAGUUGGAAUAAAACAUGGUUUAUUA